AUGGCAGUGACCAGUCUGUGGCCCUGGGGAGCAUGGCUGCUUAUGAUCCUCCUCUCUUUGGGAUUUGGCCUGGACAAACUAGAGGUGUGCCCCAGUCUGGACAUCCGCUCUGAGGUGGCAGAGCUGCGGCGUCUGGAGAACUGCAGUGUGGUGGAGGGCCACUUGCAGAUCCUGCUCAUGUUCACAGCCACAGGAGAGGACUUCCAUGGUCUCAGCUUCCCACGCCUCACCCAGGUCACUGACUACCUGCUGCUCUUUCGUGUCUAUGGCCUGGAGAGCCUGCGUGACCUAUUCCCCAAUCUAGCAGUGAUCCGUGGAGCCCGCCUCUUCCUGGGCUAUGCUCUGGUCAUCUUUGAAAUGCCACACCUGCGUGACGUGGGACUUCCCGAGCUGGGGGCUGUGAUGCGUGGGGCGGUGCGCGUGGAAAAGAACCAAGAGCUCUGCCACCUCUCCACCAUUGACUGGGGUCUGCUGCAGCCUGCACCUGGAGCCAACCACAUCGUGGGCAACAAGCUGGAUGAAGAGUGUGCUGACGUUUGCCCUGGAGUGCUGGGCGCUGCCGGAGAACCCUGUGCUAGGACCACUUUCAGUGGGCACACUGACUACAGGUGCUGGACUUCCAGCCACUGCCAGAGAGUGUGUCCCUGUCCGCAUGGGUUGGCCUGCACGGCCGGGGGCGAGUGCUGCCACACAGAAUGUCUAGGGGGCUGCAGCCGGCCAGAAGACCCUCGUGCCUGUGUAGCCUGCCGCCACCUCUACUUCCAGGGUGCCUGCCACAGGGCCUGCCCUCCAGGCACCUACCAGCAUGAGUCCUGGCGCUGUGUCACAGCCGAACACUGUGCCAGCCUGCGCUCUGUGCCAGGCCGGGCCUCCACCUUCGGCAUCCACCAAGGCAGCUGCCUAGCCCAGUGCCCUCCAGGCUUUACCCGUAAUGGCAGCAGCAUAUUCUGCCACAAGUGCGAGGGGCUGUGCCCUAAAGAGUGCAAGGUAGGCACCAAGACCAUCGACUCCGUCCAGGCGGCCCAGGACCUGGUGGGCUGCACCCACGUGGAGGGGAGCCUCAUCCUCAACCUACGCCAGGGCUACAACCUGGAGUCAGAGUUGCAGCACAGCCUGGGGUUGGUAGAGACCAUCACUGGCUUCCUGAAAAUCAAGCACUCCUUUGCCUUGGUGUCCCUGGGCUUUUUCCAGAACCUCAAACUAAUCCGAGGAGACACCAUGGUGGAUGGGAACUACACUUUGUAUGUGCUGGACAACCAGAACCUACAACAGCUGGGGUCCUGGGUGGCCUUGGGGCUCACCAUUCCUAUGGGCAAGAUCUACUUCGCCUUCAAUCCACGCCUCUGCUUGGAGCACAUCUACCGACUGGAGGAGGUGACUGGCACACGAGGCCGGCAAAAUAAGGCUGAGAUCAACCCCCGCACCAAUGGAGAUCGCGCUGCCUGCCAGACUCGCACCCUGCGCUUCGUGUUCAACUUAACUGAAGCCAACCGCAUCCUGCUACGCUGGGAGCGCUAUGAGCCGCUGGAAGCCCGGGACUUACUCAGCUUCAUCGUGUACUACAAGGAGUCCCCAUUCCAGAAUGCCACGGAGCACGUGGGUCCAGAUGCCUGUGGAACCCAGAGCUGGAACCUGCUGGAUGUAGAGCUACCCCUAAGCCGCACCCAGGAACCAGGGGUGACCCUAGCCCCCCUCAAACCUUGGACACAGUAUGCAGUGUUUGUGCGGGCCAUCACACUGACCACUGCUGAGGACAGUCCCCAUCAAGGAGCCCAGAGUCCUAUUGUCUAUCUCCGUACCCUGCCAGCAGCACCCACAGUGCCCCAAGACGUCAUAUCCACGUCCAACUCUUCUUCCCACCUCCUGGUUCGCUGGAAGCCACCAAACCAGCGCAACGGAAACAUCACUUACUACCUGGUGCUGUGGCAACGGCUGGCAGAGGACGGCGACCUGUACCUCAAUGACUACUGCCACCGCGGUUUGCGGCUACCCACCAGCAACCACGACCCCCGCUUCCACCGCGAAGACGGGGUACCUGAGGCGGAGACUGAGCCUGGCUGCUGCCCUUGCCAACACUCACCUCCUGGACAGGUCCUGCCGCCGCUGGAAGCGCAGGAAGCCUCGUUCCAAAAGAAGUUUGAAAACUUUCUACACAAUGCCAUCACCAUCCCCAAAUCCCCUUGGAAGGUGACGUCCAUCAACAAGAGCCCCCAAAGGGACUCCGGGAGGCACCGCCGGGCAGCAGGGACCCGCGGACUAGGAAGCAACAGCUCGGAUUUUGAGAUCCAAGAGGACAAGGUUCCCCGGGAGCGAGCGGUUCUGAGCGGCUUGCGCCAUUUCACGGAAUACCGGAUCGACAUCCAUGCCUGCAACCACGCGGCGCACACCGUGGGCUGCAGCGCCGCCACCUUCGUCUUUGCCCGCACCAUGCCUCACAGAGAAGCGGAUGAUAUCCCAGGGAAGGUGGCCUGGAAGGCAGCCAGCAAGAGCAGUGUCCUCUUGCACUGGCUUGAGCCAUCUGAUCCCAAUGGACUCAUCCUCAAGUAUGAAAUCAAGUAUCGUCGCUUGGGAGAAGAGGCCACCGUGCUGUGUGUUUCCCGCCUUCGAUAUGCCAAAGUUGGUGGGGUUCACCUAGCCCUGCUGCCCCCUGGAAACUACUCUGCUAGAGUUCGGGCCACCUCACUGGCUGGCAAUGGCUCCUGGACAGACAGUGUCGCCUUCUACAUCCCUGGUCCAGAGGAAGAGGACUCCGGGGGGCUGCACAUCCUCCUUACAGUCACCCCCGUGGGGCUCAUGCUGCUUAUCAUUCUUGCAGCCCUCGGUUUCUUCUAUGGCAAAAAGAGAAGCAGCACCCUGUAUACCUCUGUGAAUCCGGAGUAUUUCAGUGCCUCUAAUAUGUACGUCCCUGAUGAAUGGGAGGUGCCUCGGGAGCAGAUCUCCAUAAUCCGGGAGCUGGGUCAGGGCUCUUUUGGGAUGGUGUAUGAGGGGCUGGCACGAGGACUUGAGGCUGGAGAUGAGGCCACACCUGUGGCCCUGAAGACAGUGAAUGAGCUGGCCAGUGCACGAGAACGCAUUGAGUUUCUCAAGGAAGCUUCUGUCAUGAAGGCAUUCAACUGUCCAUCUCAGGUACGUCUCCUGGGUGUGGUGUCUCAGGGUCAGCCAACUCUAGUCAUCAUGGAGUUAAUGACCCGUGGGGAUCUCAAAGAGCUUCCCUCUCUCAACCAGAACAACCCUGGGCUCCCACGGCCUGCACUAGGCGAUAUGAUACAGAUGGCUGGUGAGAUUGCAGAUGGCAUGGCCUACCUUGCCGCCAACAAGUUUGUGCACCGAGACCUGGCAGCCCGCAACUGCAUGGUGUCCCAGGACUUCACUGUCAAAAUCGGGGACUUCGGCAUGACUCGGGAUGUGUAUGAGACAGACUAUUACCGCAAGGGUGGGAAGGGGCUGCUGCCGGUGCGCUGGAUGGCCCCCGAGUCCCUCAAGGACGGAAUCUUCACCACCCACUCGGAUGUCUGGUCGUUUGGUGUGGUGCUUUGGGAGAUUGUAACCUUGGCUGAACAACCCUACCAGGGCCUGUCCAACGAGCAGGUACUGAAGUUCGUCAUGGAUGGAGGGGUCCUGGAGGAGCUGGAGGGCUGUCCGCUUCAGCUGCAGGAGCUGAUGAGCCGCUGCUGGCAGCCGAGCCCACGCCUGCGCCCAACCUUCACCCACAUUCUGGACAGCAUACAGGAGGAGCUGCGGCCCUCCUUCCGCCUUCUUUCCUUUUAUUACAGCCCAGAGUGCCAGCGAGGCAGGGCCUCCCUGCUAUCCACCAAUGCAGAGCCUGACUUCCCCCCAACCUCAAAUGGGUCUCCAGACUACAAUCCCCCAAAUGGGGGUCUAAGGCACUGA